CAUAGUCAAGGUUUUAAAAACAUGCGUUGUAGAUUUAAUUAAUUAGGAGGUAUUAUACAUUUUUUGUAUUAUACAGUAUAUAUGCUACUGCCAUCUGUUUACAUAAUCAUGAGGUAUUUUUACACUUGAGUACCAUUUAAAAUAAUUUUCGCAAGAUGAAAAUGUUCCUUCCUUUACAUUUUUGCAUUAUGUACAUACAUUAAAUCUACCCUAAUUCUUUGUUUUGCAAAGAAAAGAAAAAGAAAUUAUGUCACUUUAUUCAAAAUCAGCAAUUACAUUUUUGGUGUCCAACCAUAGGCUACAUAUUUUUUCCCAGAAGGCUUCGAUGACAUCAAAUUAAAGAAAGUGUUUUUGUCUGUUUGUUUGUUCAUUUUAAAGGAGUCCUUACCUGUCUUUUAUUAUUAUUAUCAGUAGUAGUAGUAGUAGUAGUAGUAGUAGAAGUAUUACUUUAUUAAGAACAAUUCAGUAUUACACAUCCUAGUAGAUAUAUUGUUUUUUGCAUUCUUCACAACAAUAUUCAUUUAAAUAAAUGAUUGUUGAUGAUAUUUACCCAUUAUUGUGAUGAUAUGAUACAUAUUUAUCUAGAGAGGUUAGUCCUUGAGUUUCAUGGCUGUUACUACCAAAUAUACCGUCAAAAUAUGUAUAAUCCCAAAAUAAUAAUAUUAAAAAAAAUCGAUCAGUGUCAUUUUUAAUGUUAAGGUAAUAUCAAAUUGUAUUCUUUGGGAAAUCUUCCAUAGUAUAUUUAUUUUUAAUGAAAAAGCCGGUCAUAAAAGUUUGUCAUGACAAACCUGUAAUAUGAUUGGUCGGCUGUGAUAAGAACUUCCUGUAAACAUUGACUCUGAUUGGCUACUCUGUGUGUGACGUAUCCGGAUGCCGCAUCAGUUUUCCGGCCCGUUCACGGCUCCGUUCUCGGUAAAAUGGCAGAGGUCGGUCAGAGGCUGGGGAGCGGAGCUUACCGGCUCUCCGCCCUCAGAAACAGCCAGAGCCGACCGGUGUGCGCCGGAGAGAGUUCCGGGGCCCUGCUGGUGAACUGUACCUUCACUGACAGCCGGUUAAAAGAGGAGUCAACACGUCACCAACGUGAAGUUCAGCCGGUUUUAAGAAGCACAGCAACACAGUGCAGACCAGAGAAACUUUACAGAGUGAGAUCAAGUGAAAGUCAACAGGAAAAUGGGACUUUGCGCUGUGCCACGUCUCUGGAGCUGGAUUCAUCCCGUUUUUUCAGUGAGAGCCUGCAACAUACAGCAGCCCUGUAUCUCUCAGCGAGACUGCAGCCUCUCCUCCAGGAGAAGCUGCUGCAUGGUAGGAUGACACCCUGGACCAGAGAAGCUGUUUCCAUCCACCCUGACACCUUCAGGUCCCCUAAGCAGCUGCGAGCCUUCUGCACUGUCAUCUUCAUUCUGGCAGAGCAGCGAUCAGAGAGGCAGAGGCGUCUGAAGCAACAUCCUGACACCCUGCGAGCAUCUACAGCAAGCAGAAGCUACAGCUGGAGGAGUGACAGCAGCUCAAAAGAUGCUCCUCUGCUAUACAGAAGCAGGACGUCCUAUUACGACCUCCUCAGAGUGUCCCCCGCUGCCACACAGGCCCAGAUCAAGACAGCAUACUACAAGCAGUCCUUCAUCUACCACCCUGACAAGAACCCAGGGAACAAGGAGGCCACUCAGCGCUUCUCUGAGAUCAACGAGGCCUACACAGUGCUGGGCAACAUCAGCCUGAGGAGGAAGUAUGACCAUGGUAUUCUGAGCGGGGCAGACGUUCAAAGUGCAGGGAGACCAUCCUCCAAAGAGACCAAAAGCAGACACACAGGCUCCCCACAGCAGCACCAGCAGCAUCAUCACCACAGAGCCAGGCAGUUCUCCCAAACUGGAGGGAGGACCAUGUUUGAUUUCGAUGCCUUUUAUCAGGCUCACUACGGGGAGCAGCUGCAGAGGGAGAGGGACAUGAAAGCCAGGAAGGAGCGCAUGGAGGAGCAGAAGAGGGAGAACUACAACAUAUGGAGGAAGGGGAAAAUGUUGGAGAUGGCUGCGGUGAUGCUGCUGACCAUGGCAGGCUUACUCUUUGUCAGUGUCAACAAGUCCUGAAAUAGAAGCAGCGACCUGGCGAGCCCCCAUGGGGUUACAUGUCAUGACUCUCAGGGGGGGUGGAGGGGGGCGGGGGUGCUACCUCAGACUGUUUUGCAAGUGUUGCACAGUUUCAGACAGUUGAAGAUGAUUGUUUUUAGUGUGCUGCAGAAGUAAACAAAGCCUGUCUCAUUUGUUAGAAGCAUUAAAUAGGCUUGUUAUUCAUGUACUGUGUCCCUUUAGAAUCCGACUGUAUCAGAGAGGAACUUGAACAUAUUCAUUUUAUUUAUUUAUUCAUGUCUGGGAUCUAAAAUGCAUAAGCAAACAUUACACACAUUCGGGCUGGGUAUUGGUACUCAGUACCUUUAAGGCAGGAAUGCUCAGUUUGGUUCGUCCAGGGAUCUGAUCUGAUCUAAUCUGGCACCGUAUUUAUAUUAUAAAAAGAAAAUGUAUUUUAAUUGUGAAUUAGAAAUUGAUCGGGGGGCCAUCUGGACCUUAUCGAAGGCCAGAUUUGACCCCCGGGCUGUAAGUUGAGUAUCACUUCUUUAAGGUAUCGACUGAAAUAGCCCAGUACCAAGUGAUAUGGAAACUUCUCUGGUCAAGCAAUACCUGCAUCGAUCCUUUCUGUAUCCAGAUCUAGAAAAAAAAAUGUGUGUGGUUUUCCUCACAGCCAACUACCACAAGCGUUUUUCAACUUGAUUCAAUGUGUGAUUGGCUCAUUACCACAGCAGCUACAACCCAUACAGUCUGCGGUGAAGUCAGGCGCAGUGUAUUUGAUGGAGUUGGCAGUUUAGCAUGCCGAGAUGCCACCAAAUGAGUGGUGGUGGCAUUUUAUGCAAUCGAAUGCUUUGAUUCACGUAUUGUAUGUGGAAUAAAGCAGGUAAAAAAAGAAUCAAAUGAAGUCUAUUGGUAUCUUCAUCACUUUAAGGGGACUUGUACUGGUAUUGUUUUUUAAACAAUACCCAGCCCUAACACACACAGACUUGGCUAGAGAGGGAUGCUGGAUGAUGAAAACACCAUAACGUCAAGUAGAAACUGGAAAUGUUAAAACCACACAGCAGGAUGUGAGAUUAUUUAUUCCUGCCUCACAGCAAGAGGGUUCCUGGUUCAAUCCGGGUGUGGGAGCCCUUCUGUGCGGAGUUUGCGUGGGUUUUCUCCAGGUACUCCGGCUUCCUCCCACAGUCCAAAGACAUGCAGGUUGGGAAUAGGUUAAUUGGUGACUCUAAAUUGUCCGUAGGUGUGAAUGUGAGUGUGAAUAGUUGUCUGUCUCUAUGUGUCAACCCUGUGAUAGUCUGGCGACCUGUCCAGGGUGUACCCUGCCUCUCGCCCAAUGUCAGCUGGGAUAGGCUGUCGUUGUUGUAUGGCAUGUCUCAGGUUAAACCCUUUGUAAAACUGGAAAUAUUUGUUUAUAAAUACAUACAGAGAAUGAAUGCGUUAGAACUUUUUUUAAUUAUCUAGUUUGACAUCUUAAUGCUAAUUGCUAAUGUGACACUUUUUACCAGAAAUCAAUUCUCUCUCUAAAACAGUAGUUUUAGCACAGCGCAACUUGCUGUGUAGGCUGCUGUUUUAGAGCAGGGAAGAACUGAUUUCCCUGGAAACUGACAUUUUAUUUGGAUGUGAAACUACUUCAAUAUGUAUUGAUAAGUAACAUGGUAUCAGAUCGGUGCAUAGACUCAUGAUCGAUACCUGAUCCAUCACUGUAGGCAGUAUCGUAGGCAUUCCAGAUACUGGUGUCGAUAUCAGAACAACUCUACCAUCAACAAGUGUUCAAGUAGUUGUGUUGUUUUCUGUGUGAACAAAGUUUAUUCACUCUCUGUUAGUAGUGACAAGUCUAAAGCCAAAUAACCUUUUUUGGCAGCUCUAAUUCAAUUCUGUUCAUCCAAAUUCUGCACAAGGAUGGAAAAAUCAUAUGUAUCAUGCUGAACAACGCACAAUUCCCUUGCCUUUCCCUGAACACUGCAUCUGUAAUGUAGAAAAUGACUUUGAAGUGUGUAAUUGUUAAGAUAAUUAGGAAAUCAUUACACUGUUAUGCCCCUUUCUGGGGGGGUGUAUGUACAUACAAGAUGCCACAUGUUAAAUUAUUUUGUGUAAGAAAAACUGUAUUAAGCAGCUGUAAUAAAAUAGUUUGAUUAAUGUUCCUGUGUCUUAUUAUAGUAAAUACAUUAUUGCAAGUACACAGCAUUUCUUUUGCUUUUUUUCUGCAGCGUUAUCAGCUCUGACCCCUAGAGGGCAUCUGAGCACAUCGAAAAUGAUCUCUGAGUUAGAGCCGGAGGCCUGAGGGGCUCAGUGAGUUUAAACUCUGUGUGGGAUGAUAUUAAUGCAUGUUAUGGAGGUCUCAGCCUGCUGAGAGCUGCUGCUGCUGACAGACUGUCUGUUUAUUUCCCUGAAGAUGCUACAUAUUAAAAACAUCAAGCCUGGUAAAUGUCUGGGAUUCAAUUAUCAGUCUAGCUGAAGUGAUGAAAACAUGUCAAACACUUUGCACUAUGAUCUCAUAGUGAUGUAUGAACUGAAAGUGAACGUUACUCAAAGCGUGUUUGCAUCGGGACCUAAUUAUGGCUCACCCUCUUUUAGUUUAAUAUAAACUGAAACAAGAGAAAACCACACUUUCUUAUUUACUACACAUGAAUAAAUAGAAGUGAGACAAAUUAUCUGCUCCAUCACU